AUGGCAGUGAUGGCAGUUUGGGCAGCAGUGCUAAUCGCUUACAGAGUCUCUACAGGAAGUGCAAUAGAGUCUGCUUCUGGGACUUCUGGGUCGAAGACUGCCCUUCCAUUGGACAUGGCUGAAGACUCUGUUGAUGACAUGUACAGCUACUGCAAAGAUAAAAUGAUGUCCAAGGUGCAAUCUGAAAUCCUGGAGAAUGAAAAAAACAAAAAUGAGAAAUUCAAAAGUGCCUGGAAUAAAGCAGAGGAAGUCUACAACCAAAGCUGGAAGCCUAAAACAGCAACGCUAUCUCCCUACGCACUGACGAAAGAAGAGUUUAUAGCAGUUUAUGUCUAUACCUCUGCUCCAGGGGAUCCUCAUAUUGAGUUCAAUAACGCAGUUCGGAACAGCAGAUCUGCGUACAAGACCACGUUCGGGUAUCACGCGCUUCACUUUUUCCUGACCACCGCUGUUCAGAAACUCAAUUCUGAAGCAGGCAAAUGUACAACUGGCUACCGCGGAGUCAAUGUCGCCCUCAAAGACAAUGUUCUCAACAAGGAGAUUCGCUUUGGCUCUUUUGCCUCAACUACAAUGUUUGGCUUGGCUAAGGCUAAACAAUAUGGAGACAAGUCCUGUUUCAAGAUUUUAACAUGUUUUGGAGGAGAUGUCUCUAUAUACUCUAAAUUUGGAGACGCAGAGGCAGAAGUGCUGAUUCCUCCAUAUGAAGUGUUUAAAGUCAAAAGUAUUAAGAAGAGAUCUGAGCAGCCGGGCCUUGAAUGUGAGGUGGUCUAUGAAGUGGACAGUACAGAAAUCGAACAUUCUGGUCUGAAUUGUGCUUUUUUUCCCAAAUAAGCAGUCUAACACAUUUUCCACACAGUUAACAUAGAGUUUUACGACACAUCAUGUCAUCUAUUUCAAAUGAUCUUCAAUCAACAUGCAGCCAAAUAUGGAUUUCUUUCUUAUGCACGCGCAGGAAAACACCAACAUUAACAUUUGAAUAACUUCAGUAACACUGUCAAACUGAAUUUAAACGCUGAAUGGGCAGAGGUGUGAAUGUUAUUCUGUGCAACAAGCGUUAAAUGACGAUGAGCCAUUAGAUGCACGAAAACGAAGCCUUCAAAUUGUGGGU